AUGCCCGACGAAAAGCGCAUGAAAAUAAAGGAAGCCAAACGACGGAACGCCAUCGAUGGCUUCAAGCGCAUGGACUUGUUCCUCGCCAACUACAUUCCUGAACAACAUCAGCACGAAGUUGCACUUCGCUUGGAACGUGUGGAGAAAAUAUGGGAAGUGUUCGAGACCAUACAGGACGAGUACGAAGAAAUGGAUGACGAGGAAGAAUUCGUAAAGAAGAACCUGGAGUUGCGUGCCCAAGUGGAGCAGCUGUAUUUCCGUGUGAAAGCUGGGCUUGCUACGAAGUUGCCACCUUCUCCCGUUCCUGUUGUUUCUGGACCUUCCACUGCACCACCCGUUACGCCUACUCUCGCCAACGUGAAGUUACCAACCAUAUCGCUCCCCGAGUUCGAUGGUGAUUUUAAUACCUGGUUGACUUUCCACGAUACUUUCUUGUCGAUGAUUCACUCGUCGACAGAAAUUUCCCAGGUACAGAAAUUUCACUACCUCCGGGCUGCUUUGAAGGGUGAAGCAGCCAAUUUGAUACAGUCGGUAACAAUAACGGCCAACAACUACGCCGUAGCAUGGCAGACGUUGGUCAACCGAUACUCCAACAAGGCCAUCCUCCGUAAGAAACAUAUUCGGGCCCUACUCAAGCAUCCCAAGAUUCCGAGCAACAACGUUGAUGCCCUUCACAAGAUCGUGGAUGAGUUCCAACGCCACACUAAGGUUCUGGAACAGCUUGGUGAACCAGUGGAUCAGUUUAGCUCUAUUCUCAUCGAAUUGCUUGAGGAUAAACUGGAUGAUGCGUCGCUCACUCCUGGCAACCAGUUCCCCGCAUCGAAGAAACCAAAUCAGUCUCGCUUAAGCACCAUCGCGGCGGCUGAGAUCCCGUCAAAGAUCUUCCCGAUCUGCCCAGCCUGCGACAAGCAGAAACACUCGCUUUUCGACUGUUCCGUAUUCAACGGACUAGAUACGAAAGGCCGCCUGAAGGUGGUCACGGACAAGAAGCUCUGCAGCAAUUGCUUCCGUAGCGAUCAUUUUGCCCGAAACUGCCGCUCCAAAUUCAGCUGCAAGCACUGCGGUAAGCGGCAUCACUCUAUGAUACACCCAGGUCCGUUCGAGAUGAAUAAGUCUACUUCCGAAGAUAGUGCCACGAUCAGUUCCGAAAAUUUUCCGCCUGGCACUUCCAGUGUUUCAACUGCUGUAGUAGCAACACCCGCUCCAGAGGUCAUAUCAACGGUGAAAUCCUCUAACACAAAUGUUCUCCUCACGACCGUGGUACUGAUCAUUGCUGACGUCUACGGUCAAGAGCACAUCGCCCGUGCCCUGUUGGAUACAGGUUCGCAGCCCAACGCAAUCAGCGAGCGGUUGUGUCAGCAACUUCAUCUCCCCCGAAAGGUUGUCAAUGUGCCCAUUGCUGGAGUGGACAGCAUCGUCACGAACGCGAAGUACGAAGUUCGAGCCGAAAUCCGUUCGCGAGUAGCUGACUUCAGUGAAUCACUGGAUUUUCUUGUCCUGCGGAAGGUGACCCGUGAUACGCCAGCCGUUUCGUUCUCCACUGUUCAGUGGAAUCUUCCCGAAAAGUUUCCACUAGCUGAUCCCGACUUCCACACUUCUCGAAGGGUGGAUAUGAUCAUUGGCGCAGCUCAUUUUUAUUCAUUUCUGCGGGAUGGGCGCUUCCGCCUGCCUGGCCAUGGUCCAUUACUUGUUGAGACAGUAUUUGGUUGGGUAGUGGCCGGAAAAUUUGAAGACAUCGGUGGGUCACAAUCGCAGCCUUCAGUUACAUGCCAUACGGUGACCGUCGCUUCCAUAAGCGAACAAUUAGAACGUUUUUGGCGAGUGGAAGAGCUCCAUGGGUCGAAUUACUCCAUCGAAGAACAGACGUGCGAGGAUUAUUACCGAAGGACCGUUUCCCGUAACACUACUGGACGAUACAUCGUGAGAAUGCCAAGACACACUGACCACGAGCAGAUGAUUGGAGCAUUGAAGCCGGCUGCACUGCGCAGAUUCAAGCUGUUGGAACGAAGGCUGUUAAAGGACGAUGACCUGAAGACCCAAUACCAUGACUUCAUCAAUGAAUACAUAUCCCUUGGCCACAUGGCUCCUGUUCCUGUGGACAAGGAAGACGAUCCGAAGGCUUGCUACCUCCCCCACCAUCCCGUCCUUAAAUAUUCGAGCUCCACCACAAAGGUGAGAGUUGUUUUUGAUGGAUCUGCUAAGACGAGCUCUGGACAUUCGCUAAAUGAUUCCUUGCUCGUCGGCCCCGUCGUGCAGGACGAGCUAUUGAGUCUCGUUCUCCGUUUCCGGAAAUUCUUGAUCGCUUUGGUGGCUGACAUCGAGAAAAUGUACCGCCAAAUACUGAUGCAUGUACACGAUCGUCUCCUGCAAAGAAUUCUGUGGCGCUUCAACAGUUCACAACUGAUUCAGGAGUAUGAACUAUGCACUGUCACUUACGGCCUCGCUCCGUCCUCGUUCCUGGCUACACGAACACUCUUGAAGCUCGUCGAAGAUGAAGGUAUCCCGUUCCCGAAAGCAAGCACGGCCAUCAAGAAGAACACCUAUGUGGACGAUAUCCUCGCCGGAGCCGAUAGCAUCGAAGAGGCUAUUCUGCUUCGUGAAGAACUAAUUGAACUAUUGCAGAAAGGUGGUUUCCGUCCCCGAAAAUGGUGUUCCAAUUCGCUUCCCGUUUUAUCUGGACUCCCUCCUGAUGUUCUUGGGACUCAUUCGUCGCUGAGAUUCGAUCCUGGAGAAAUAAUCAAGACCCUUGGAAUACGCUGGGAUCUCGAGGCAGAUGUUUUCCGUUUUGAUGUUUCCAUCGCCGUGAAAAACCAAACGCCCACAAAGCGUAACAUUCUAUCAGCUAUCGCACAGUUAUACGAUCCGCUUGGGAUCAUCGCACCCGUCGUAGUUCAGGCGAAAAUUAUCAUGCAGCAACUGUGGCUUUCGGCAUUGGAUUGGGACGAAGAAGUAUCACCCGACUUGCAAAUUAUCCAGUGGCUGAAAGCCCCCCCACGAACGUGGAAGACGUUUGUGGCGAAUCGUGUCGCCGAAAUCCAAACCCUCUCUCAUGGAUCGCAAUGGCAGCAUAUUUCCGGGAACGAAAACCCUGCUGAUAUGAUCUCGCGAGGAGUCUCGGCCGAAGACUUGAUCACCAGUGAGCGAUGGAAAUAUGGACCCAGGUGGCUGGGUGAAGAAAAAUCAAAGUGGCCUGUUCAUGCCUGCCUGGACAACAAGUUCACCGACGAAGAAUUGGAGCUGAAGAAGAAUUUGAUCUUGACUACCCAAGUGCUCACAUCAAACCCGCUAUUCGAAACAUUUUCAUCGUUCCAGACCCUGCUUGGCACAGUUGGAUAUUGCCUUCGUUUCUGCCACAAUGCUCGCAACAAAAAGCAGCGACAUUCCAGUAGGAUUCUUUCCGUUGCCGAAUUGCAAAACGCCAAAUUAGUUCUCGUGCGGAUAGUUCAGGCUGGAUCGUUCCCCGAAGACCUGCAGCGUUUGAAGAAAGGACAGAUGGUCACGAACAAAUCUUCUCUUCGCCUGCUGAGCCCGUUCAUCGACGCUGAUGGCUUGAUCCGUGUGGGUGGCCGGUUGCGGCUGUCCGAUGCACCGUAUAACGUAAAACACCAGAUUGUCAUCCCCGGUUUCCACCCCUUUACACAUCUUCUUUUGAAGCACCAUCACCGCAAGUUUGUCCAUGGUGGAAUUGAGAUGACCCUGUCCGUCGUCCGUGAUGAAUUCUGGCCGCUGAAUGGCCGGAAAGCAGUUCGAAGUGUCAUACGAAAGUGCUACGAGUGCAGCAGAGCAAAUCCGCAACCCAUCCAGCAACCGAUUGGUCAACUUCCGAUCGCCCGUGUUACCGCCAACGAAGCCUUCGCCUGCACCGGCGUUGAUUAUUGUGGUCCCAUUUUCCUCAAGCCAACACAUCGCAAAGCAGCUGCCCGCAAAUCCUACAUUUGCAUUUUCGUUUGUAUGAGCACAAAGGCGGUCCACCUGGAGCUCGUGAGUGACCUGAGUACAGCCGCAUUCCUGAUGGCACUUGAUCGGUUCGUUUGGAGGAGGAAUAAGCCCCAGCACUUGUAUUCAGACAACGGCACAAACUUCAUCGGGGCGAAAAAUGAAUUGCACGCCCUGUACACUAUGCUCCAACCCGGUUCCGAAAACAACAAGAUCGUCAAACGCCUUGCCGAAGACAGCAUCCAGUGGCACUUGAUCCCUCCUCGUGCUCCUAACUUCGGUGGCCUCUGGGAGGCGGCAGUGAAGGUUGCCAAAACUCACCUCGUUCGUCAACUCGGCUCUUCUUUGCUGUCCUUCGAAGAGAUGUCCACGGUGCUGAUUAAAAUCGAAGGGUGCAUGAACUCUCGUCCGCUGUUGCCGCUUUCGAGCGACCCGAAUGAUUUUGCCGCCCUCACCCCAGCGCAUUUCUUGGUGAGAAAUAUGAUCCGCCCUCUUCCUGAAGCAGACAUCCGAAAUGUUCCGUUCAACCGGCUUAGCCAGUACCAAAAGCUUCAGAAGCACUCGCAAGUUUUUUGGCACCGUUGGCGAAAUGAAUAUUUGAAGGAGUUGAACCUACAGUACCGGACCAACCCGAAGCGUUACCAGCUCAGCAUCGGUGACGUCGUCAUCGUGAAAGAUGAUUCUCUUCCUCCUGCCCGCUGGCCACUGGCCCGCAUCCUUGAGCUUCAUCCCGGAGCUGACGGAGUUACCCGAGUGGUUAGCCUUCGUACCUCAACUGGAAUUCUGAAGAGGGCAGUCUGCAAAAUUUGCCCUUUGGAGUGUGCCUUAGAAGAAUAA